AUGGUGAGCCUCUUUGCUAAGGUGCUCUCCUACUUCUGGAGACGCGCAGGUGAUGAGGAAGGAGAAGAUGAGAGAGGGGCGGCCUCAGGUGAUAAAGAAUUAAAAACUGUUCAAGGAGUAGUGACAAGAUUUUGCUAUGAUUAUGGGAUGAUAGAUGACAUGAUAAUCUUCACAAAAGAUGCUAUUACAAAAAAUAUGCUGCUGACUAUUGGACAAGAAGUUACUGCCACGGUUGAAGAGGAUAAAACUUCAGGUAGCUUGAAGGCCAUCAGGGUAGAUGCCAUCCAGAAUACAUGGGGAGACUCCAGUACUACUUGUGAUGAUUCUGAACCUAAUAUGAAACUAUUAAUUGGCAAUAUUACCUCUCUUUGCAAGGAUGGAGGCUAUAUUAAUGGGAAUACUUUUUUUGCAAUGGAAAACGUCUGUGAAGGUUUUGAACCUUGUGAAGGUGACUGGGUGCAAGCAAAAUAUUUUAUUAACCCAAUAACAUGGCACAGUGAAGCAGUUGGUGUAAAGCCUUUGAGAUAUAAGCAAGUAGACAAGGUUCGCAUUUCCAGCAUCUGUGGAAGAAAUGGCACAGUAGAUGAGAGUAUAUUUUUCACUUUGGAUUCAUUGAGACUUCCUGAUGGCUAUUCACCGUGUAGACAUGAUCUAGUGAACACAAUUGUGGUGGAGAGCAGUCAGUCAUGUUAUAUUUGGAGAGCUCUCUGCUUGGUGCCAGUCAGCCAGGACGGACAAAUUCACUCUAAUGGGGUCAAUCUGGAUGAGCCUUAUGAGAACUUAAUGAGAGACAAAGGAGGUUUGGAAGUAUCAAGAAUGAGUAAUUUUGGAACUCUGAAGCAGGGGGAAUCUAAAAGAAUGAUCAUUUGGAUAGA